AUGGAGCUGGAGAAUGCCUCUUUGAAGACUGACUUCAUCCUCCUGGGAUUUAGUGACCAUCCAGAACUUCAGAGUGUCCUUUUUGCUGUGUUUUUUUCCAUCUACUCUGUUACAAUGUUGGGGAACCUUGGGAUGAUUUUAUUAAUCACAAUCAGUUCCCACUUACACACCCCGAUGUACUUUUUCCUCUGCAUGUUGUCCUUCACUGACGCAUGCUACUCUUCUGUCAUUGCCCCCAAAUUACUUGCGAACUUAGUUUCUGAUACGAAGACCAUUUCUUACAAUGGCUGUGCUGCACAGUUGUAUUUUUUCUGCUCUUUAGUUGACACGGAAUCUUUCCUUUUGGCUGCCAUGGCUUAUGAUCGGUACAUAGCAAUCUGCAACCCACUGCAUUACACGGUUAUUAUGUCCAAGAGAGUUUGCUGCCAGCUUGCAAUUGGAGCAUUUUUGGGGGGCACUGUUAGCUCCAUUAUUCACACCACUAACACCUUCCAUCUGUCUUUCUGCUCCAAAGAAAUUAACCAUUUCUUUUGCGAUAUCUCCCCACUCUUCUCUCUGUCCUGCUCAGAUACUUACACGCAUGACAUCAUUCUGGUGGUCUUUGCUAGUUUGGUGGAAGCUAUCUGUCUUCUAACAGUUCUCCUCUCUUAUGUCUGCAUUAUAGCAGCUAUUCUUAAAACAGGUUCCGCUGAGGGAAGACGAAAAGGGUUCUCCACCUGUGCUUCCCACUUGAUUGUGGUCACUAUUUAUCAUGGUACCUUGAUCUUCAUUUACUUGCGCCCCAGCACAGGUCAUUCACUAGAUAUUGACAAAGUAACCUCUGUGUUCUAUACGUUGAUUAUACCUAUGUUGAAUCCUCUAAUUUAUAGUCUAAGGAACAAAGAUGUCAAAAAUGCCUUUAGAAAAAUGAUUAGAGGAAAAUUACUUUCUUAA